AUGAGCGAUAUUAAAGACAUACAACAAGAUAGUAAUAGUAGUAUUGGUGGUAGUAGUAGUAAUAGUAGUAUAUUAUCAUUAUUAUUAAAAAAAUCAUAUGAAUUUACAAGUAAUCAAAAGCUUAGGUGUUUGGGAUCAGGAUCAUUUGGACGUGUGGUGUUGGUAGAGUACCAAACUACAAAAUAUGCUCUAAAGUACUUUAAAAGAAAGGAAGAUGCAAAGAAAGAGGUGAUGGCAUUGGACUGCAUAUACGAACUGACCGACCUUUCGAAAUGGCAACACAUUGGCCAUACAAACAUUGUACGAUACUAUGGUCAAUGUAAAUACAAUGGAAAAGAGGCAAUCCUUUUAGAAUGGGUUACUCGUGGUAGUUUGUGGGAGACAAUGACGGUACACUAUGCUUCAUUGACAUGUGAUCGUAUCAUUCAUAUUCUUCAAGGUAUUGCACGAGGUGUAUUGGCUUUGCACGAGUUAAACAUGUUUCAUCGGGACUUGAAACCUGGUAAUGUCCUCCUAGACAAUGACUACAAUGCAAAGAUUACUGAUUUUAACACUACCAAAAAAGUACAAGAUGAUAAUAAUACUAAAAAUGUUGGUUCUGAUCUAUUUAUUGCUGAUGAAGUUAGAAGAAGUAGAAGAUAUACAAAGGCAGUGGAUGUAUAUAGUUUUGGAAUGAUAUGUGUAUGCUUUUUAAAUAUAAAACCAUUUGUAAUGAUUAAUGAUACUAAUAACAACAACAACAACAACGAAAUAUACGAUAUUAUAAAUAAUAAUAAUGACAACAAUAACAACAAAUUGAUAGAUUUGAUAAAAAGAUGUAUAUCAAAAGAAGAAGAUAAAAGACCAACAUUUAAAAUGAUAUUGGAUGAUUUAAAAGAUAUCAAAGAGGAUAUAAAUGUUUUGGAUUUUAUGUCAAAUGCUAUCAUUGGAAACAAUGACUUUAUGGAAAUGUAUCAAGCAAGAGGAAAAGUAAAAGAAAUGAAGAUAGAUUCGUGGAGAGUAUCUAUUCCAGUUGAUACUCGACCUUUGGAUCCAUUUAUUUCAAUGCUUGGACAAAAUAAUGUAGUUUUGGUAACUGGUGAGAAGAAAAGUGGAAAAUCAUUCUUUGUUCAUAGGUAUUGGAAAACAAUGACUAAAGAAGGUAAAAAAAUAAUACCAAUCAUAAAUGACGAUUGGAAAUCAAUUAAAUCAAUCAUUGAAUCUGUAAAAAUUGCACACACGGCUACAAGUGACUUGGAAUUGGCAAAUGGUUGUUUAGAAUUAUUUAAAUUGUGCAAGACAUCAAGACACAACUUUAUAUUCAUAUUUAACAAAUUAAAAGAGUUACCUCCUAUUGACAUUUUCCGACAACUGCCAUCUAAUAUAAAGGUGGUAAUAGUAAAGAGAAAGGUCAUGUCUAAUACAACAUGGUUGGAUGAAUUGAAAACGGUAGGAUGUGCAGUUGACCAAUACCAUUUAAACCUUUUAUCAAAAGAGGAAAUAGAAUCAUUUAUUGAAACCAAUCACAAGAACCUACCAAAGAUUCAUCUUACAAUGAGAUAUAUCAUUGGUCCCAAAGUGCUUGGUAGUAUGAUUGAUCUAUUCCAAAAAGAAAAGAGUAAAGGUCGAUUAAUAUCUUUUGAAAAGGUAUUGAUUCAAAAUGAUACAACAACCAUUGGUGCAUCAUUAUCAUCCCUUCACCUACCACCAGAACUUUAG